AUGGAAGCUGUGUUGAAGCUCUUCUUGGCUUUGAUUUGCUCGAUACCAUCAGAUAUACCUUUGCACUGGCUUUCUGAGGACAUAACAGCUUUAAUACUCGCUCGAUGGCGGUACUACUGGAAAAAAGCGACGGAGGUCCCACAAUUUUGCGAGCAAUUCGAUGUUAUUGUUGCCUUCCUUUUCCCAUGCUUUCUGUUGGACGAUCUAACUGUACCCGCACAAAAUGCAGUGAAAGGCAUGCUGCUUUACAUUUUGGCACUGCGACCAGAUAUCGUUCGACGGUACAUGGAGGAUAAAUAUGAAAACUGGGAGAAAUUGAUAUUAUAA